CAAUUUUAAAAAUAGGUUAAUUUUCAGUAAAUCGUGUAACUUAUGCCAUUUUCAACCAGAAACUUUCAAAUUAUAAACUAGUUAUUGAACCCUUAAAAUGAAAUACGUGUUUUAAAUCGAGUUUUUCGAGGACUUGUCGGAUUGUAGAGAAAAGUAAAUUCGCUGUUGAGGUGAUGGAUCUUCCGAUGUCCCCAGAAAGAAGCAAAGUUUUAUCUGACAUUGAGCGAUCAAUUCAGAAUGCCCUGGCGUUAUUCAACACUAAAGAUCUUGAUUUGGGAAUCGACCAACCCUACGUCAUCGAUGACCCCAUAGUCUCCCUCCAUGACCCAAAAAAUGAGGAUCCGGAAAAACACCUUGAAACUUCAAAUUCUCGUAAAUCAAAAGAAGUUAAAAAUAUGUACACGCCAAGGAGUCACUUGAAUCAAGAUGAAAACCAACAGUUUUACGAUGCUCUUCCCUUCACUGAUACCAAAAUGUCGAAGGAGUCUAUUGAUCGUUGUUUUCUACAAGAUCCGGUUAAAAGCACAUUUGAAGAGAUGGACAACAUAAACAGUCAUAAAACUUUGAAUGUUAACGAUGUAGAGGUUAGCAAAAAGGAAGACUUUACCAUCCUCCAUGCGAUUCCAGAUGCAAUUGAAUUUGUAGCUAAAACUUCUGAUCUCCCUUCAGAAACACAAGGUGAAAAACAAAGCACAUCAUUGAACAAACCAUCAAAAAUUGCUGAUGUGGGAAAAGAUCAAAAUAUAACAAAAAAAGUAUCAGAAGAAAAAAAUCUAAACAAACCAGUUACACUGAAGAACGAUGUUCACCAAAGUUACAAAUCAGAAUACAACGAUAUGAGUGAUUACGGAAACGAACUGGAACACCCGAACCAGUUCCAUUACACUCUUCCGACCCACUCUUCCAAAUCUAAAGAGGUGGACAGGUUUCUAAACGGCCAUUAUCAACACACUUAUCUUCCUUUCGUCAUCGGUCAGUCAACGAACAAGAGUCACAACCUCUGGGUAAAUAUUCAAGAGGCGUUGUCACUGAUCAAAAACAACAUCCCGCAAACUAUUGAGAUCCAAAAUCUAUGCAAAGAGAGCGAUAAGGAUAGCGAACGGCCGUUGACAGUUUUGUCCAAGUUUUCGACGAAAAGUAAAAAGCCGCAUCAGUGUCCGGCUUUGAUGCAUGACGGUCUUUAUGAUAUUCCGGAGACGAGUCGGGAAACGGAAGAUGGCGCUAGGUGGGAAGACCAUCCGGAUUGCGUCCAGGCUAACUUGGAUCCGAACUUUUGUCGACCCAGAUGUUCUUGUGUUCCCCAGGGAACUCUCAGCUACAAGAAAGUGCUGCAGCAGAUCUUCCUGGGGGAAGACGCGACGGAGGGACCGACUGACCCAGUGGAUCAAGGAGAGUCGUACACUGGUGAGCUGAGGAAAGCCCUCAUCGCGUUCACCCAGGAGUUUGAAGAUUUAAACAACAAGUAUGACAGGUUACUAUCAGAUCCUGAGUCUUCAAAAGAAGAACUGCAACGACUGGAGGCGUAUCUGGAAACUAAAGAGGAGGAGAUCAGAAAAAUAAUAGCAAGGAUUAAUGAGGUGAAGGAACUGGGGGAGAAAUCUAGGGCAGAGUAUGGGAGAGGCGCUAGUCUGGAAGCGUACCGAAGCACUACGUCAGUGCAGCUGCGGCAGACAUUACGCAGAGUGCAGCAGUUCAAAGAAGACAUCCGCAGCAAGCCUACCACUCGUAACUGGAGCAGAACCUCUUGUGUCAAGAGUUUGUAUUAAAAUUAUACAACUCAC